AUGCUGUUGCUGCGUCUUAGACCCCUGGACUUCAUUGCAAUUCCCCUCCUCACCAUGCGUGCUCUUCUCACCAUGCGUGCUCUUCUCACCAUGCGUGCUCUUCUCACCAUGCGUGCUCCCCUCACCAUGCGUGCUCCCCUCACCAUGCGUGCUCCCCUCACCAUGCGUGCUCCCCUCACCAUGCGUGCUCCCCUCACCAUGCGUGCUCCCCUCACCAUGCGUGCUCCUCAUUGGUCUCAAGCUUACAUUCCACUCGCCGGGACUCCUGCAAUGAGGAGUCUUGACGAGACAAGAAUACGCCACUCUCCUCAAGAAUCGCCCCUGGGGAUGCAUUCCCAUUCGCCACUCCCCACCUCUCCUGUUAGCCUGCCAGCUCCUUCGCUCGCUUCUGAAUCAUUUUCCCUCCUUUCCUCCCUGUCCUCCCCCUCAUCUCUUUCCUCUGUCUCUUCCCUUUCCUCCUCUUCAAUCGCUGCCCUCUCCCCCGUCUCCUCCUUCUCCUCCCUCUCCUCCCUCUCCUCCCUCUCCUCCCUCUCCUCCCUCUCCUUCCUCUCCUCCCUCUCCUCUCUCACCCCCCUCCCCUCCCUUUCCUUCAACUCCCCCUUCUCCCCCCUCUCCUGCUUCUCCUGCUUCUCCCUCUCCCCACUCACCCCCCUCUCCCCCAUCUCCUCCCACCCCCCCCUCUCACCCUGCUUCUCCCCAAUGCUACCCUCUCGCUCGCCUACCUCCCCCCUCGGUGGCCUUAACCGGUUGGGCAGCCUUUGGAAAGAGGAGGAGGAGGAGGAGGAGGAGGAGGAGGAGGAGGAGGAGGAGGAGGAGGAGGAGGAGGAGGAGCGAAGUGGUGGUAAGGAGGGGAGAAGUAGUGGUGCUGGUAUGAGUGGUGGUGGGGAAAGGGGUCGUGAGACGGGUGAGGGUGGUGAGGGGGAGGAACGAGAGGGUGAGGAGAGGGAGGGUCGUGAGGAAGAGGAUGGUGCGCGGGAUGGUGGUGGUGAUGGGGGGGAGGGUGGUGAGGAGGGGGAGGGUGGUGAGGGGGAGGAGGGUGGUGAGGAGGGGGAGGGUGGUGAGGAGGAGGAGGGUGGUGAGGAGGAGGAGGGUGGUGAGGAGGGGGAGGGUGGUGAGGAGGAGGACGGUGGUGAGGAGGAGGAGGGUGAUGAGGAGGGGGAGGGUGGUGAGGAGGGGGAGGGUGAUGGGGAGGGGGAGGGUGAUAGGGAGGGGGAGGAGCAGGAGGAGGAGGAGAGCCGCCACCCUCUUGCUUCAGAAACUCAGGCUCCAGAGCGUGAGGCGAGUGCAGAGAGGUCAACGGGGGAGGAGGAAGCGGGGGAAAAGGCGAAGACGCAGCAGCAGGCACAGGCAGGCGCGGAGCUGAAGCUGCACCAGCAGACAUCUUCUGACUCGGCUCAAAACGGCCGUGCUGGCCUGAAGCUGCUGCUGCUGGCCGAGCUGCACCUGCAGGGACUCCUAAAGCCACUCCUGCAGCUGUUUCCAUCGCAGGCACACCCUCUCCUGCUAGAACCACUCCUCCCGCAGCCCCUCCAAUCCCCCCGGUCCCCCCAAUCCCCCGAAUCCCUCCAAUCCCCUCAUUCCGAGGAAGGAAGAGCAGCAGCGAUUCCGACAAGUCAAGAAGCGCUGACUCGAGAUUGCCUGCAGUUUCUGCCGCCUCACCAGCCACCACAUCCUCCCAGCUGCCCUCCUCUUCGCCACAGCUGCUCCAGCCUCCCACCGCUGUCAUCCAUCACCACCAAAGGCACUCCUGACUCGAUACUAGCUGACUCGUUAGCAACUGGACUGGGUCAAGCUUUGCUCCUGGUGAUUGUUGUUGUUGCUGCUGCUGCUGCUGCUGCUGCUGCUGCUGCUGCUGCUGCUGCAGCACAGGUGGCGGCGUUAACUGCACACUCAGAUGAUCACGCCAUAGCAGCAGCGCUACAGGAGGAGGAGGAGCACCUUGCAGCGGAAGCGAAGGGGAAGAGCAGAGGAAAGUCUGCAUCACAGCCGUCCAUCCAAACAGAAUCUCUUGCAGCAGAUUCGGACGAUCACGCCAUAGCAGCAGCGCUACAGGAGGAAUUUCUUAGGGAAGCCGACUCCGAAGCAGCAGGUUCGGGUGCUGGCUCAGCACAGCAUGCGUGUGAACAGCGGCCGACUGCCCUCGUUGCGAGACAACACAGCAUGCGUGUGAACAGCGGCCGACUGCCGUCGUUGCGAGAGAGCCUGUCAAGCCACCAGACUCUCACAGAGAGGCUGGCUGUGUAUGGGCUGCGGGAAAUUCCAAUGGUGGGCGAUGGAAAUUGCCAGUUCCGCGCCCUGGCAGACCAGCUGUUCCGCAACGCCAAUCGCCAUGCCGCCGUGCGACAAGCCGUGGUGCAGCAGAUGCGGGCUCAUUCAGAGCGCUACUCGCCCUACGUGCCGGACAACUUCUCUCGCUACCUCCGACACAUGGCCAGGUGA